AUGUCGCUUGUUCUGCCACCACCACCACCACCAGGGGUGGUGUACCCGAACACAGUCUCACCAUCAACUACCUCCCAUUCCAAGGGCUCGUUCGGGACAGUCUUUAUAGUAUUGGCUGCAAUUAUUGUUAUAUCAGCCAUUGCUUGCAUCAUUGGUCGACUCUGCAACCGACGUUCUUCCCGUCCAAAGAACAGGCGAGAGUCACAAGAUCACAACUUCCACCCAAAGCCCAGACAAGAGUCACAAGACCACACCUUCCACCCAAAGGAAGGUGACCUGGAAUUUGGGUUCAAGAAAGGGACUCUGACAUCCAAGCCAAAUGUCAAUGGAGGAAGGAAGGACGCCAUACCAAGUUAUAGUUUCGAAACCAAAGAAGACAUGAAAGCUGCUAAAAAUGGAGAUGCUAGAUAA